UUUGCAGCAGCGAGACAAACACAAAGGCAAAAGGAUCAAUCAACACUUCCGCAACACCUUCAAAUCAAGAUUUCGCUCAUAAAUUGACUUUAUUUACAAGCUAUGUCCACCCUGUUCAACAUCAAGAGCGGCCAGUCUCGCACCUUCAAGCCCAAGAAGGUCCCGGAGGGCACGAAGCAGUGGCAGCUCAAGCAGUAUGCACAACAGACACUUGGUUCUGGUAAUUUGAGAACAGCAGUCAAACUCCCAGAAGGUGAAGACCUGCAAGAAUGGAUCGCUGUACACGUCGUUGACUUCUUCAACCACGUCAACAUGCUAUACGGUACGGUAUCCGAGUUCUGUACUCCAACAGAGUGCCCCGUAAUGAACGCCGGGCCAAAAUAUGAGUACUUUUGGGAAGAUGGAACCAAUUACAAAAAACCUACCCAGCUUUCGGCCCCAGCUUACGUUGAAGCUCUCAUGUCAUGGACUCAGUCUAUCCUCGAUGACGAAAAGCACUUCCCUCAGACUAUUGGCAAGCGCUUCCCGCCUACAUUCAUGACGACCGCCAAAACGAUUUUGAGACGGUUAUUCAGAGUAUAUGCCCAUAUCUACCAUGCCCAUUUUGACCAAAUCUGUGCGUUAGGUAUUGAGGCUCACUUGAACACCAACUACCGCCAUUUCCUUCUUUUUGUGGAUGAGUUUGCUUUGCUGUCAGAAAAGGACCUCGUCCCUCUUGAAGAUUUCAACAAGACCAUCUUGAAUGAAACGGGGAAGUAGAGAGUGGUUUAGGAGACUCUGGAUGGGAUGACUUAUGUAUAGAGAGCUGCUGCAGAGGCCCAUGUUAUUUUGUAGAAUAUGUGUAUAUCCGGAUGAUAUCCCGUGCAAAACCUAUC